GCCUCUUUUUUUACAUUUUCUUAUUUCCCUUUGACUGCUCUGUGGGAUCACAUUUAAAUCACUAGCUAAUAGCUACAACAUGUAUCAUCCUAGCUAGAUACAAUGUAGCAAAAUAAUAUAUUGUCAAUGUCCAGCUAAACUGUAACGGUUCAAUCAUCGAUUGGACGUUGAUGCUAACCAAAACAAUAUCAGGCAGUCACCUCUGCCAACUAUUAGCGAAGAAGCGGUCUCAACUGAGUAUCGGUGCUCCUUUCUCUGUUGUCCCCCAUAGCUUUGCCAUGUAGAAGGCAGUGAUUCGCCCUUAAACUUUUGCAAAUGAAAAUGGAGGAUAUGUCUCUGUCGGGCCUGGACAACACCAAGCUAGAGGCCUUGGCUCAGGACAUCUACUCGGACCUGGUGGAGGACGCCUGUUUGGGCCUGUGUUUCGAGGUGCAUCGUGCUGUCAAACAGGGCUACUUCUUCCUGGAUGACACGGACCAAGAAAGCAUGAAGGACUUCGAAAUCGUUGACCAACCAGGAGUGGACAUUUUUGGGCAAGUGUACAAUCAGUGGAAAAACAAGGAGUGUGUGUGUCCCAACUGCAACCGGAGCAUUGCUGCGUCCCGCUUUGCCCCUCAUCUGGAGAAAUGCUUGGGCAUGGGGCGCAACAGCAGCCGCAUCGCCAACCGCAGAAUAGCAAGCAGUAACAACAUGAACAACAAAUCAGAGAGUGAUCAGGAAGACAAUGAUGACGUCAAUGACAAUGACUGGUCGUAUGGCUCUGAAAAAAAAGCUAAGAAGAGAAAGUCAGAUAAGGUAUUUUUACAUUCUUUGAAACAACAUAUACCUUUGAAUCCAAAUUCACCCAGAAGAUCAAAAUCUGUAAAGCAUAAAAAUGGUGAGGAGCUUAGUAAUAGUGUCAAUGCAGAUCCAUACAAGUACAACUAUAACACUGGCAUCAAUUACGAAACUUUAGGCCCUGACGAACUGAGGUCUCUGUUGACAACACAAUGUGGAGUGAUCUCAGAGCACACCAAGAAGAUGUGCACCAGGUCCCAGCGGUGCCCCCAGCACACGGACGAACAGAGGAGGGCCGUCAGGGUGUUCCUCCUGGGGCCGUCCGCGUCAUCUCUGCCCGAUGCAGACACGAUGGUGGAGAGUGACUGCUACGACGCCUCAGACGGACAGGUUCUCAUGAGUCGCCUACAGUGGGACGGAUCCUCAGACAUCUCCCCCUCCGAUUCAGCCUCCUCCAAAGCCAGCACCAACAACUCAGAUUCUAAGAAGCCCAAGAAGAAGAAGACGACGUCUCUUGGCCUAAACAGCACAGGAGGAGGAGGGGGCGGCAGUGGGAGUGGAGGGGCAGUAGCUCCCAGAGUAGUCUAGUAGGCCAAUCCAACAGAAAGAAGAAGCCCAAGCUUCCUGUUCCCUCUGCCCCCAGUAUCUAUGACAACCUAAACU